ACAGUGGCGAAGCAGUGCUAUAAGACCUGCUAAAACUAGAAUCUUUCGAAUUAUGAAACUGCUUCCCAUUCUACUGCUUCUCAGCAUCUCCGCAAUCACAUCAAGUGACAUAUUUGCCCUUAUUCAUGCUUACUGCGCCGAAGUGUGCCCGUGCUUUGAGAAAUUGCAUCCUGAUAAGAAGAUUGCUUACAAGGAGAUAGAGGAAAAUUGCAAGAAAGACAUCAAGGAAGUACAAAAUUACUGUGCAGAGUUUAUGAAACUUGAUGAGAUAAAAAGAAAAUCUUUUCAAAAGUACUUGGAGACACUCACAUGGAACGAAGCCUGCAACGAGUACUGCAAAAUCGAAGAACUUUUUUAGAUUAGUCUAAGUAAAAUUCUAGCUGUAUGCUUAAGCUUAAAGGCAGUGGCUCGGGAAAUUGCAAUCACGAGACUUCCUUCUCUCUUGUGCUGCGCUGAGUCCAGUGCUGUUCUUGAGUAGUCAACGAAGUGCUUUCCAUGGUGUUUUGCGGUCUUGGAGAUUGCUAGAGGGAUGGGCGAGCGAUCGCCAACUGAGUCGCGAUUGGCUGCCUAAGACGAUCAGCCAAAUGCGCUAGAAUGGAUGUUGUUACAGUAUCUUGCAGCCAGUCGCUGUUUUUGGAGGGAAUCCCUCGCGCAGCCC